AUGAACUUUCUGGCAUUGUGCGCAAGCGGAUACUAUGAUAACAACCUGUUCCACCGCAACAUCAGAGGCUUCAUGGUCCAGACAGGCGACCCAACAGGAACGGGCAAAGGCGGAAACUCGAUCUGGGGCACAAAGUUUGCCGACGAACUUCGCGGAGGAUUGAAGCAUACGGGACGUGGGAUUGUGUCAAUGGCCAACUCGGGACCAGACAGCAACGGAUCACAAUUCUUUAUCACCUACGACAAACAGCAACAUCUCGACACAAAGUACACAAUCUUUGCAAAAGUCAUCGACGGUGUUGAUACGACCCUUGAUGCAAUCGAAAAGAUCCCUGUCGAUGCCAAGAACAGACCCACACAGCCGAUCCGUAUCCUCUCCACCACCAUCCACGCCAACCCCAUCGCCGAGAAAGAGCGAUAA